AUGGACAGCGCAGACUGGGAUUCCGUGCUCCAGUACAUCUCCGACACGCCUCAGGACCUGCCCUCGCCCCAACCUGAGCGUCCCGUCGCCGAGACCACUGGCCUCCCCCUCCAUCCACAGCUCCCCACCCCGACACAGGUACUCACCCCGCCGGCUUCCGACAAGCAGUCGCCUCCCGACCUCCAGGACGACGUCCCGCAGGGGCAUGUUCCCGGCAACACCAUCGUCUCUGUCUCGACCACCUUCCACCCGGGCUCGAAUCUCCUCCCUAUUCCCCCAGACCUCAUCUUCCUCUCUGCCGACGGCGUCUUCUUUUACGCCCACACUACGCAGGUACUCGCCCUGUCCGCCAACCACUUCAACAAUCUCGUCCCCCCAAAGCUCAACAAGUCCAAGCUCCGCGAUGACUUCGGCCCCGUCGUCCCCCUCCCCGAGCCCGCCGCCGUCCUCAAUGUCCUCCUUCAUGUCAUUUACGAACUCUCAUGCGCCCACUACCACCCCAGCAUAGACACCCUCGCCGCCGCCGUCGACGCUAUGGACGUGUACGGCCUCUCGCCCAAGCGCCAUAUCGCUCCCUCGACCCCGCUCUACUCGUUCAUCCUCAGCCAGGCUCCCAUUCAGCCGAUCGUUGUCUACGCGCUCGCCUCCGCUCACGACCUCUAUGAGCUCGCAGUCCCUGUCUCGUCCCACCUUCUCUCCUUCGCCCUCCACUCGCUCACCGACGAGAUGGCAGUCCGGAUCGGGCCAGUAUACAUGAAGCGCCUGUUCUUCCUCCAUCUCGGCCGACUCGACGCGCUCAAACGCCUCCUCUUGCCCCCGCCCCAUCCGCAUCCACCUACAUCAGGAUGCGAUUUCACGGAGCAGAAGAAGCUUACGCGCGCGUGGGCGUUGGCCUCAGCUUAUCUCGCGUGGGACGCGCGGCCAGACCUGUCGACCAGUACGAUGGAGGGCGCACUCUGCCCGCUCGCCGACCACCUCUCGUGCGAAGUGUGCAAGCAGAGCCUCGCGGACCGUGUGCGGCAACUCAUCAUCCAGUGGUCCGUCGUCAAGGCUUCUCCCGCACACCCACGAUUUCGGAAGCCGGCGAGCUGCGCGCCUCUCUAA